AUCGAAACCUCGUCGCAGAAGGGCCGGAGUGGCUUAGGCAUGAAGUUGGAUCAACUAGAUACUGCUGCCGCACACUGGGAUGCAAAAGCAGAACAGUUGCAGAUACCGGAGACGGUUGUCUGGCUAACGCAUGUUCCGAAAAUUAACGAGCCGGAACUUAGCAGGGAUCAACUAGACGAAUGGCACAAGGUAGGUCCGCCAAAGAUGACAAUCGACAACGAGGAUAAGUACUGCGACACGGAGAUUUUACAGCAAGUACUUAAGAGUAAGAGCGUUUUUGACAAUCUCGGCAACGAAGAUAUGCGUAAGGCUCGUUACCGGUCUAAUCCGUUCGAGCUAAUUAAGAGCAACAUAUUUAUCAACCGCGCCGCAGUCAAGAUGGCCAACAUGGACGCGAUGUUUGAUUACAUGUUCACACAUCCCACCGAUGAGCAAAACCAACCACUGGUGAAGGAUGAGGCUCGUGAUUUGUUUUAUUUUGCGGACGUGUGCGCUGGCCCGGGUGGUUUCUCGGAAUACGUCCUUUGGCGGAAUAAGUGGCGCGCUAAGGGAUUCGGUUUUACACUAAGAGGUGCUAAUGAUUUCCGGCUGGAUGGAUUUACGGCGGGAGGACCUGAAACGUUCGAUCCGUACUAUGGGCCGAAGGAUAACGGUGAUAUUUUCGAUCCAGAAAACAUCAGUAGUUUCGCCGAUUACGUAAUGAAGCAGACAGAAACAGGUGUCCAUCUGAUGAUGGCAGACGGUGGAUUUUCAGUUGAGGGUCACGAAAACGAGCAGGAAAUCUAUUCGAAGCAACUCUACUUGUGCCAGGUGAUCGUUGCCUUGGCGAUUGUACGCCCUGGAGGCAACUUCGUUGUGAAGCUGUUUGAUAUCUUUACGCCGUUCAGCGUUGGUCUCAUCUACCUAGUGUACCGGUGCUUCCGGCAAAUUUGUAUCUGCAAACCGAACAGUAGUCGCCCAGCCAACUCAGAGCGCUACCUAGUGUGCAAAUCCAAAAAUCCAAACACGGGUACGAUCGAGCGCUAUUUACAGGACAUCAACCGGCAGAUGUUUGAAAAACGAAACGCAAAUAACGAUACAUUAGAACUAGUAAACGAGGCGGUAAUGCGUAAAGAUGAGACGUUCUAUGACUAUAUAUGUGCAAGCAAUAACGAGAUUGGCGGUAAACAAAUCAUUGCCCUGAUGAAAAUAGCGGCCUUCUGCAAAAAUCGCGACCUGAUGGAAAAGCGCCAACUCGAAGUGAAGCAGAAGUGUUUAGACUUAUGGAAGCUAGACGAUGCGAUACGCAAAUCCGCAAACAAGGGUGACCCAGAUCAGUACGUUACGAAGAUAUACAAAAACUGGAAUGCUCUGACAAAGCCCAUGCUUUCGGUUGAAGCGCGAGUACAAACUGACCUACGAGCAUCCUUUUCAUCUGCCCGCGAUUGGUAUUUUGUGCCUAUCGGCAACAAGGAAAGUAAAGACAAGAAUGUUCGCUCAAUUCUGCUCGGUAAGGGUGGUAAGGAAGUGUAUCAGUUCGACGCGAAACAUGGCACCUGGAUACUAAUGAAAGAUGUAGCAAUUGAACUGUCGCCAGCUACGAUCAUCUAUGGGGAGAUUGUGCGCGAGUUGCAGGGUGAAGGAAGGUCUCAGAUCGUCAUCCAUACGUUGCACAUCAUUGACGGGCUCAUGCUGGGUGGAGAAAACAUAGGACAUUUAACACUCAAGCAACGGCUUGAACGUUGUCAUCAAUUUGCCAAGGCACUUAACAAGCCAAUCAAGAAUGCCACAACGACCGCGAGCUCAACAUCGACGUGCGCCAACUCUACUGGGUCGAUGCAGAUUCGAGCAAAAAAGCACUAUCCCCUAUCUGAGAUGGAAUCGUUUUUUGCCUCGCUGGAAAUGCACAAGCUUAAGGAUCUCACAAGCCGUCUCGGUUAUAAUGUGCGCAAUCCGAUCGACCAGGAUCGCUUCUAUAUACCAUAUGGUUUGUUGUUUCUGCGUGAUGUCAAACCACAUUAUUCGAAGCAGUUGUCUAAGCAAUGGAACAUGGAGUACUAUUUUAACUCCAACACAGGUGAAUCGAAGUACCCGGAAAAAUUCAAGAACUUCAUAGAAGAAACACAGGCAACGUUCGACGAAACGUUUGAUAAGCGAAUCUUUUGGGAAUGGAUUCACUUGUACCAGGUUCAGCAGAACGUUGAUGAAAAGUGUGACAAAAUUCCAAAUAUUGUCCACCGCGUUGAUUUCAAGAAAUAUCUUAAAGAGGCAUACCCCUCUUGAGUAACCAGGGGGUUUCUCGCAACAUAAUCAUGAACUAUAAAUAUAUUUUAUAACAAUAUUUGUUUCUCUAAGGGCCAAUCCCAAGACCAGAUCCAUAAUCCAAGACCGAGACUAUCCGAGACCAAGAACCCAGACCCAAUCAAGAGUUCAAGAUCGAA